AUGAGUACCAAUCGACAGUGGAUGUAUAAUAGGCUCAAGGAUGGGUUGUUGAAUAUCGAAUUUUUAAACGGUUUAGAGGAGUUCAUACAAUUUGCUUUAACCCAUCCUGAACGUAUGGAUGGCAUGAAUAUAAGAUGUCCUUGUAGUAUGAGAAGGUGUUCGAAUCGCAAAUUCCUAAGUGUGGACGAUGUACGAUAUCAUGUGAUGAAAAAUGGUUUCGUCCCUAAUUACUAUAGGUGGACAUCACAUGGUGAAUGUUGGGAUGAUCAAGGAAACACUAGUGUGCAAUUGUCUGAUACUAUCAUGGAAAAUAAUUUUCGAUCUGAGGCUAAUGGCCGAUACCAUGAAAUGGUACUUGAAGGGUUUGGUUUACCACCUCAAAUUGAAUCCAUGGAGGAGGCACCUAAUGCCGAGGCACAAAAGUUGUAUGAAAUGUUACAAGCAGCAAAUGAAGAGUUAUGGCCAGGAUGCAAUAAGCACACAAAACUGUCUACUGUGGCACGUUUGAUGAACAUGAAAUUGGAACAUCAUUUUUCUGUAAAAUGUUUUGAUCAGAUUAUUGAGUUUGUGAAAGAAGUUCUACCUGAAGAUAAUGUGCUUCCAGAUAAUUUUUACAAAACAAAAAAGUUAAUUGAGGGUUUGGGUCUACCAGUGGAAAAGAUUGAUUGUUGCAGAAAUAAUUGCAUGAUAUAUUGGUCUGGUGAUGGUGAGUUACAAGAAUGCAAAUUUUGCCAGCUUCCUAGAUAUAAACGCACGGUAAACAGCUUGACAAAGCAAGUUGUCCAGAAACCAUAUAAGAAGAUGUAUUACUUUCCUCUCACUCCAAGGUUACAACGACUUUAUGCAUCAGACGCAACAGCACCCCAUAUGAGAUGGCAUGCUGAACAUGAAUAUGAGGAAGGGGUCAUGCAUCAUCCAUCUGAUUCUCCUGCAUGGAAACACUUCAAUGCAUGUUAUCCAUUAUUUGGAUUAGAGAUAAGGAAUGUGAUGCUUGGAUUGUCUACUGACGGAUUCCAACCAUUUGGACAAUCUGGCCAACAGUACUCCUCUUGGCCCAUCAUUCUGACACCGUAUAAUCUUCCGCCAUGGCUGUGUAUGAAGUCAGAAUAUAUGUUUCUCACUGUUAUAGUUUCGGGCCCAAAUAAUCCUAAAUUUAAAAUUGAUAUAUUCUUGCAACCCUUAAUCGAAGAACUAAAACAAUUAUGGAACAUGGGGGUUGAGACAUAUGAUGUGGAUAAGAAGCAAAAUUUUCUCAUGCGGGAAAAUUAUCUGAAGCUAAAAGAACAACAUUCAAGCCAGUAUGUGGGAUCAGAUCAUGUGGAAGGAGAUGGAGGAACUAUUAAUGAGGAUCAAUUGUUCAUUACUGCAGCAGGAGGAUGGCAAGGAAGUCGAGUUUAUGGUUUAGGUAGUGCUGCCUCUUCUGCCUUCUUUCAAAUAGGAACUGGGGGAACAUCAACAAAUGUUCCAUCAUCCCAAUCACCAGAAUGGAAGAAGGAAAUUGAAGCAAAGUUUAAAGAGAAGUAUAAUAGUUUGCAGAAACUUGUAGAAGACCAAAAUCAGAUGAUAGCUCAAAUGCUUGAUGAACUAUAG